CCAUUCUUUUUACGUUUACUUCCUUCAUCUGUGGGUUCGUCAGCGGGCGCUAAUAAUAAAUAUUCAGAACAAGCAGCGAGAGAACAAGUGAUACUCCAUUACUGGACGGAAUAAACCACGGCUCUCUUCGCCUUGACACUUAAGUGCCAUAUCAUUUUGUUGGGUCUGUGUUUCGGUCCCUCGCUUCAUUUAGUCUCGCAACCAUGUCUCACACUCCGCCCAACAAGAAAAACGCUUCCGGAAUCAUUAUAGAUUCCACUACUGCUGAACGAAUAGUGCCCGAGUCGCGACGAGCCGAUGGGAGUGUCCGGAAGCCCAUAAAAAUUCGGCCAGGCUUCACCCCUCAGGAAGACAUCGGUCUUUUUCGUUCUGCUCGACGAGCGGCGCGUGAUCCAAGUUAUGCUGCAGCCAAUCCGCAGAUUUCUUUGCGAUCACCAAAACUCGGUCCGCCGGUUUCAACGAAGGCGAGGCAGACUCUUACGACAGAACCAGCCACCAAAGACCGCGCCAGCAUAGAUAAGGAUAAGGUUGACUUGGAUGAUGACCUUAGCCAAGCGUUUGGAAAGAUUAACUUGGGGGAAGAGUCCCAAGAGGCGGUGAAAAAUGUCGAUGUUGAGACGAAGCUAGGUUGUAGUGCCACUGCUCUGGCAAAAGAAGCAAUUUCGGGUCGAAACCGGGAAACCCCUACUACUACUACAACUGUCGUCAACAGUACCCCCUCUAGCCCCAAAAGAGCUUCCAAUCCGGCUGCAUCAUCAUCAUAGUGACCCGUUUGUAACGAACGUAAUGGUCAAUCGAUGUUACGGUAUCAAAUGCCUAAUACGAGGCGUAUUGCACAAGUGUUUGCUGGAGCCAGAAGGGUAAAAGUCGAAAGGAUCAAUCUCAAGAAAACGAAUCAAACAGACUUCAGUACAAUGAAACUUAUCGAUGUCGAGCUUGAGGACAAACGCCCUUUUUCUCUAAUGCAAAAUUUCCUAGACGCUUGUCGUUUGUUCUCACCAACCCCAGUUCCGCUCAACUGGACUUUUGAGACAUUGUAUACGUGUCACCCGGCUAUCGCCACUUAACCUCCUCUCCACCUCCGGCACUCUUUAGAGGACAGGAGAUAAAUGGAGGUAGAGAGAUCGAGCACAUUAUUCAGCCUUAUGGAUUUCAGCGCCUUAGGAGGCCGAGAUGGCGGUCAUCCUCUUAAAACACUUCUUGUUUACGUGAAUCAUUGUGUGCUCCUGGUAUAUCUUCCCUUAUUAAGUGGAAGAAGUGUCUACCCAACGUUUACAAACGUGCCGGUGAGGCGAACUGGUCGAGCAGCAGCCGGACUCCUCAAGGGACGGGAUGAAAUGAAAAUCCAAGGCAGCGUACGGGCCCAGGCGUCUCGAGAAAGUCCUUUCUUUCUAUGGGCUAAUAACAUCGGCGGCUCGCAGUGCCCAACAUUGCGCCCCAUACCUUUUCGUCUACAUCGGCGGCGCUUUAAAGCCUCCGCGAACGGUCAUAAUGCAUCCUCAACAAUGUCACAAAAGCUAUCGUAUGGACGAUGCCCUUGAACACCAUUUCGGUCAAUCUGUUAUGAACUAAAAGAUGAGGUGGGCAAAGACAUAGACGCAUUACUAGAUGGUAUGAAAGGUGCAUCGGUCUUGUAGACUACAUUUGAAGAGACAAAGACCAGGGAUGGUGCGAAGGGUAGUUCUUUGCGUUGUAAAGAGCGAAGGAGGGAUCAGUUGCAUCGGGCAGUUUGUAGGCUGGCUAGGUGCCUUACACUCGCACACAUAUAUAAUAAUACAAGAAUCAGUCUAUCAAUCUGGCUCCCAUACAAAUGAUUAUGUGACA